CGCAGUAUGCACGAUCCGAACACGACACGUGCUGCUGCAUACUACAGGAGUAGAGAAGAGGCCGAACGUGUGCUGGUCGUUUGAGGAAAUUUCUGUUGUAUAUUUUGUUUGUUUGUUUAAGCAAGCAGUUGUGUCCUCUGUGAAGCUCUAGCCGAGAGGACCGGGUUGACUCGAAGCGUUUCUGCAGGAAUAAAUAAACACGAUGAGUGAGUCAGAAGUGAACCCGAAGGCUUAUCCUCUGGCAGACGCCACGUUCUCUAAAACGAUCCUGGAUCUCGUGCAACAGGCCGCCAACUACAAACAAGUGAGAAAAGGAGCCAAUGAAGCCACUAAAACCCUUAACCGUGGGAUCUCGGAGUUCAUCGUGAUGGCUGCUGAUGCUGAGCCUCUGGAGAUUAUUCUGCACCUGCCGCUGCUGUGUGAGGACAAGAACGUGCCGUACGUGUUUGUGCGCUCGAAACAAGCUCUGGGUCGAGCCUGUGGCGUGUCCAGACCCGUCAUCGCUACAUCGGUCACUAUCAAAGAAGGAUCACAGCUGAAACCUCAGAUCCAGUCCGUGCAGAUGGCCAUUGAGAGGCUCUUAGUUUGACCUCAUACUUUUUACACUGUUUGUUUUAUGAUUCAUUCUUAAUCUCUUUGUACAGUCUUAAUGGCUUUUUAUCAUUCAUGCAGUUCAUUUCCUUUUUUAAAAAUGAAGCAGUAUUGUGUAUGAAAUUGCUAGACGAAAUAAAGUUUGGGUGUGAACG